AUGAAACUUGCGAUUAUCAUUGGCAUAGUGCUAUUUGCUAUCAGCUUAACAGCGCACGUUCAUGGUCAAACAUGUCAUGGCAUUAGCCAGUAUGGCCAGUGCUCAUCAAAUCGGGGAUGUGGAUGUUUGCACUUUUCAUUGGCGGAUGAUGUCGGCAUCUGCGCUGUUCUCGGACUGAAUUGCACCCGAUUAAGUUCAUGCCAAUGGCCAGAUGAUACAUGCGAAAAAGCCGAUCACGUAUGUGUCCGCCAUCCUCAUUGUAAUUCGAAUCCUCUCUGCUACCCAUUACACAUGGUUAAUCAACGAUUAUGUCCAUCAUCAUCAUCAUCAUCAUCGAUAUCCCUCCCAACAACGACGACAACUACAACUACCAUGGCACCAAUAUCAGACUUCGUAGUUUCAUACUAUUCGAAUAUGUUGACUACCAACAGCGACAGAUUUCCUUAUUCACAUAAAUACUAUCAUCAAGUUCGCAUUGUCGUCUAUGCAUCUGGACUUUACAAUUUCACAAGCAUUAGCCAUCUGCAUACGUUUGCAUAUCUGUACAGAGGCGCUUUCGAUCCAUACAACACAUCUUUGAAUUUUAUCACUGAUGGCAAUUACAAUUACCAAACCAAUCAAUUCGAAUUAGCAGCUUUCCUGCGGGCUGGUUCAUCGUAUGUGCUUGUUUUUACCACAGAUACUGGAAAUACUACGGGAUAUUUUACUAUCGCUGCAUAUGGACCAAAUUAUCUUCAUUUUAUUUCAAUGAACAGCACACAAAACACAACAAUGACAUGGAAUAAUACAACAUCACAAAAUGCCGUGAUGUCAGAGUAUUCCAGCGCACUAAGGAGCGAUAGCGAGAAGUUCACCCGUUUUAUUCAGCACGGAUUCACAGCUGAUUACAAUUACACGAUGAACUACAGCUCAACGCCACUUCAUUACUACGAAGCAAUUCGAAUAACUGUUUAUACAUCAGGUUAUUAUCGUUUGACGAGUGCAAGUAGCUUCGAUUCCUAUGGACAUCUGUACACCUGGCAUUUUGAUCCAACCAAUCCGUCAAUGAAUUUAUAUCAUCAGGAUGAUGAUGCUGGCGGAAACAAUCAAUUCCAGAUAUCCGCUUAUCUGCAAGCUGGUGUCUCAUAUAUAUUGGUAUUCACAACGUAUGGUGAAGGUCAAAUGGGCUCGUUCCGAGUUGUAGCCACUGGUCCUAGUUAUGUCGGGUUCAUCUCAAUAGCAAUACCUACCACGCAAACAUCAACACGUCCAACAUUUACUUCUGCUGGCAUGGAAAAUGGUGUUAUAUCAGACUAUUCAAGUAUGUUAACGAGCAAUAGCGAGAAAUUCAGUCGUUUGGGUCAGUACGGAUUCACAGCUGAUUACAAUUACACGAUGAACUACAACUCAACGCCACUUCAUUACUACGAAGCAAUUCGAAUAACUGUUUAUACAUCAGGUUAUUAUCGUUUAACGAGUGCGAGUGACUUUGACUCUUAUGGAUAUCUGUAUACCUGGCAUUUUGAUCCAACCGAUCCGUCAAUGAAUUUAUAUCACCAAGAUGAUGAUGCUGGCGGAAACAGACAAUUUCAGAUAUCCGCUUAUCUGCGAGCUGGUGUCUCAUAUAUAUUGGUAUUUACAACGUAUGGUGAAGGUCAAAUGGGCUCGUUCAGAGUUGUAGCCACUGGUCCCAACUAUCUUCGUUUUAUCCAAACAAACAUCAAUAACGCGACUGUGACUACAUCAACUCCACCCAGAUCGAAUAUAAUUACUACAAACUAUUCAUAUGAGCUGACAUCUAGCAGUGAAAAGUACCCAGGAACAAACUCCUACUUCCAAGCAAUUCAGAUUUUGGUCAGUAAACCGGGAUUUUACAAUUUCUCGAGUGAAAGUCAUACGAGAAGCCGCUGGUGUCUCUACUGGAAAUCUUUCAUAUUAUCGAAUUUAACACAAAAUCGGAUGACAUGCGCAGAUGCAUACAAUGAUAGCAACUUCCAAGUUUCAGAUUACUUCUCGCCUGAAUAUUCGUACGUUCUAGUUUACACAGCGCUUGCCCCGAAUCGAACAGGACCAUUUUCGAUCGUGGUAACUGGCCCAGACUACGUUCAAUUCGUUCCGAUAUAUACUUCACAAACAACAACUAUGAUGCCGGCUAAUAUGGUUUUGGUCUAUUCAAGUGAAUUAACAUUGAGCAGUGAUAGAUACUCUCGUGCCGGGAGGACUGAUUACUUCACAGCAGGUUAUGGUGCUACAGCUGAUUAUAAUUCUUUGUCCAAUUUCUUUUACGAAGCUAUUCAAUUGACUAUAACAGCAACUGGAACUUACACGUUUAUAAGUCGAAGUUCCAUUGAUACUUUUGGUUACAUCUAUCGCGACCAUUUUGAACCAGAAAAUCCAGAUGCUAACAUUCAAGCAGAAGACGAUCAAAGCGGAGGAAGUGAUCAAUUUAAAAUGACAGCUUAUCUUUACGCCAAUCGUUUAUACGUAUUGGUUGUUACAACAUGGGUGGGUAAUACUAUUGGACCAUUCUCGAUUGUUGUCGAGGGUCAACAUCCAGUUGGUUUUAAUCGUCUAUAUUACUCGGUGAAUAAACAUUGA